AUGCCAGGUCUUACCGAUGCAUUACAAGCGAUAAACAUCCGUAUACCAUAUAGGACGGUGAUAUAUCCCAAUGCAACGGAUGAUGAAAUCUCUGCGGACCUUCUCAAACUGAUGACCAAACCAACCAGGGUGUUUGUGGUUCAUAUGAAUCGGUUCCUCGCUUCAAGAUUUUUUUUUAGAUCGAGGUUGGCAAAGGCACUUCCGGUUUCAGAGUUGAACAUCUACGGAUUGAGAGCUUACGAUGCAACAACCGCAUUGGCAAUGGCUGUUGAAGAUGCAGGAACAACUAACUUGACUUUCAGCAAAAUGGAUGGAAGAAACAUAUCUGACCUGGAAGCACUUAGUGUCUCAGAAUAUGGUCCAAAGCUUAUACACUCGCUCUCCCGGAUUCAGUUCAAAGGACUUGCUGGUGACUACCAUUUCACUGAUGGAGAACUGCAUGUAUCAGUGUUUGAGAUUGUCAAUGUCAUCGACGGUGGAGGAAUGGUGGUAGGAUUCUGGACGCAGGAACAAGGACUGGUAAGAGAUUUGAAUCCAAGUUCGGGAACUACACGUACUUUCUCCAGUUGGAAGAAUCAUCUUAACCCGAUCGUAUGGCCUGGGAUUACCUUAGCUGUUCCAAGGGGAUGGGAGAUCCCAACAAACGGAAAAAAGCUACAAAUUGGUGUUCCCGUUGGUACUUUCCCUCAGUUUGUGAAAGUUACAAAAGAUCCUACAACCCGUGAAACCAUAGUAACAGGGUUUUGCAUUGACUUCUUUGAGGCUGUAAUUCAAGCAAUGCCGUAUGAUGUCUCCCACAGAUUCAUUCCUUUUGGAGAUGAUGAUGGCAAAACUAACGGAAACUUCAACGACUUGUUAUACCAAGUCUAUCUAGGGGUAUAUGAUGCUGUGUUGGGCGAUACGACAAUAUUGGCAAAUAGAUCUUCCUAUGUUGAUUUCACUUUGCCAUACACAACAUCAGGCGUGGGGAUGGUCGUCCCUCUAAAAGACGAGGUGGAAAGAAGCAGUUUGAUCUUCUUUAAGCCUUUGACAUGGGGGCUUUGGGGGAUGACCCUUGGUUCCUUUUUUGUUGUUGGUCUAGUUGUGUGGUUUCUAGAACAUAGGGUGAACACAGACUUCAGUACUGGACCUGCCCAGUACCAGAUCAGCACUAUGUUCUGGUUUGCCUUCUCUAUCAUGGUUUUUGCACCCAGAGAAAGAGUAAUAAGCUCUACAGCAAGGGUUGUGGUUAUCACCUGGUACUUCAUUGUUCUUGUGCUGACGCAGAGUUACACCGCCAGUUUGUCAUCGCUUCUCACAUCACAACAGCUGAAUCCAACUGAAACGAGCAUCAAGAACUUGCUUGCAAAAGGAGGACCUGUGGGAUAUCAGAGGGAUUCAUUCGUCUUAGGAAAACUGAGAGAAUCGGGUUUCCCUGAGUCUAGACUCGUGCCAUUUACCUCUCCAGAGAAAUGUGAAGAACUUCUGAACAAUGGACCAUCAAAGGGUGGUGUUUCUGCAGUCUUCAUGGAAGUGCCUUACGUGAGAGUUUUUCUUGGACAAUAUUGUAAGAAAUAUAAAAUGGUGGAGGUACCAUUUGAUGUUGACGGGUUUGGCUUUGUCUUCCCAAUCGGAUCACCUCUAGUAGCCGAUGUAUCAAGGGCCAUUUUGAAGGUGGCAGAGUCUAACAAAGCAACACAACUUGAAAAUGCCUGGUUCAAGAACAUAGACAAAACUUGUCCUGAUCCAGUGACCAAUCCUGACCCAAACCCAACAGUCUCCUUCCGCCAGCUCAGCCUCGAUAGUUUCUGGAUUUUAUUUGUUUCUGCAGCCAUUGUCUGCAUCAGUGCCUUGUUGAUAUCUGUGAUCUGUUUCUUGCAUCAGAAUCGGGUUAUUUUGAAUGAUAGAGUAAUAUGCCGUCGAGAACGAAUGAAUAAUCUGUGGGAAAAGUUCAAGGAAAGGCAGGAGAACCCUGCUCCCAGAAACUAAAAAAUUUGUAAACUUUUUUCUUUAUCUUCAUGUUUGACUCUGUAUCAUCAACGCUCACUGAUUCUAGUGCCAAUUCUUUAAACACAUACAUUCAAAUAGCUCCUAACCUUUUCCAAGUGCCAACCACCAUAUUCCAAUGUGGCUUCAACAUGUGUAUCUUUUCCCGGUUGUUGUAGUAGCAAAUUAAUGGAACUCAGAAGUUUGAAUCCAUAGAUUUCCAUGAAAAUGUUCCCUGAGGAACAAUGACCUUUGACCAGAAGCUAAAACUC